GAUUCAACAAGUUGCUGGAAACAUAAAUCUGAGAUUUCGGUCCAUAUUGACAUGACAACAUCUGACAGUUGCAGAUUUGUCGACUGCACAUCCAUACUGGGCUGUUGCCCAUCUGCUUCAAGGUUUGACAUGUUGCGAGUUCAGAGAUGCUCUCAAGUCACUUAAAUCAACUUUCAUCCCCAUUCUGAUCUUCAGCAAGUUACCUUGACUAUUUCUAGCAUCUUAAUGUAUGAUGAAACAUUUGCAUUAACAAGCAGUUAAAAAUUAAAGUGAAUAUUUAAGUGUCUGGUGAAUGUAUAUAGAAGUCCCUGUUUCUUCCUUGCUAUGUGGACCAACAUAUCUUUCUUGACAUUUCACAUACUUUCAUGAAUCCUGUUCCCAUUUUUAUUUAUUUUCUGCCAUGAUUUAGAAAGAGAAUAUAUUUGCUUUAAAAUCUGUUUCAUACACUUCUCCUUAUGCUUCAUUCAAUUGUUUAGCUCUGUUUAGAAAGUACAUUUUUUAAAAUUUUGUUAGAAGAGGAAAAAAUGUUUGAGAUGACAUUAAGAAGAGAAUGUUGUUAUUUUAGAAACUGGUGCGGGGAUUGGAUGGAUGGAGGGUAGUUGCUUGUUUUUUGACUGUCUACACACCUUUAACAUGAGGACAUUUACUUACUUAUUGGUGCAGGAUACAUCCAGCCUAUUUAGUUUUUUCCCAAUGCUAUUACAAAUGACAACCCACUUUUUCACUCACUUCUUAUAAUUAUAAAUCUUGUUUUUUACUGUAAGGGGCUAAUGGGCAUGAUUUAAGUGUUCAGUCUCUAAAUUCUCAAGUAGAAAACUGUUGUUGGAACUCUUAAAAUUGAUCUGGUUUUUUAAAUAAAUUAUGUGCUUUUAAAUGCCCCAAACAAAUAUGUCUGCUAUUUUUUUUUAUAGUGUAAUGAUAUCUAACCAAAUUAAACUAUUUUAACACAAUUGUAGAGAAGUCAUAGCCACUGUCAAGAGGAUUUUUAACACAUCUGCACUGCUGACAAAUGUUAAAAUGGGCAGACAGAGAAAUAAAGGUGAAAAUGAGGUAGUAAACGGUGGUAUGUAGGGCACAUCACCACACAUUAUUCCCAUGUCCUCUAUACAACCAGCAUUUUUAAUACAAACCAAUCUUUGCACAAUCAAACUGAUUUUACUGUUAUUGUAGAAAACAACGAAAAUGAGAUAACUGUUCGGGGAUUUUUAUUGAGAGUAUAUAAGACACAUUAACAAACCCAGCACUGACCCUUUACACGCUGUCUCAAUUGAUGGGGCAUGAGUCAGGCAGAAAAAUUAUCCAGUAUAGUUGAUGUCACAUGGUAACAUAGUUUAAGGAGUUAGCUCAUAGCUUACUUAUUUGAUUCAGCAUUGCUGAGCUAAUGUUUACUUGUUAUUGUAGCAUGAUGUAUAAUCCUUAGCAUAUAGGCCUAUUUGAUAGUCUUUUCACAUAAGACUCAUUUUAAAGUCCAUCAAAUUUAAAACGUUCUUAAGGGAAAAUCUAAGCAAAACAACAAAAAUACUGUGUUGUGCGACAAAGCCUGGAUGUGUUUUUCUUUGUAAUUAGACUGGAGUUCAUUUGUGUUUAGGUGUUCCUUAAACAACUAGCCCUUUGGAGUGGUUUUAAGGAACCCAUUCAGUGCGAGUCUUCACUCACCUUUCUCCUGCUAAUGCACUCCUUCUCUUGUGGCAUUAAUCACCCUCCUGCAGCUGAGGGACCUUUGCAGAAACACAGUCGUGUGUGAGACCAGUGUGUGUGUGUUUAAGUGUAAAGAGAGCGAGGGAAAAGCGCGAGAGAAAGAAAAGCUACACUUGGAAACAGAGUGACUCGCGUCUCUACCCUGAGUAUCGUGGGCUGCAACUUUUCCUUUCAGUCGACAAAAAGAAAGCCAGAAAGCAUCCUAAGGGAUUGUAGAAGUGUGAUCAGCCCUCCCUACCAACAAAAGUUGGCUUACAAGUGCUGCUGGGCUGCUACUGUCAGACAGGGUUGGGGGGACAAUCAUCUCCAACUGCUGCUGCUGUUGCCAGUGUGUUCUGUGUGGUGUGGACUUUCUCACGUUUCGGUGGACCCACACAGACACACACACAUUCGCACUCACAGAUUCAGGAGCUCGCAUGCCUGAUACUACCCCCGCCUCUCUUGCUACCCACUCUCUCUCUCUGAUGCAUACAUACACACUGAGAAGGAGCGACGGCGUGUGAGCGGAUCCCAUCGUGCGGAGAGCGCUGAAGAGAGGAGACCAGAGAAGAGAGGAGACCAGAGAAGAGAGGAGCGGCGGCACACUCUUACCAUGCCAGUGCAGGGAGAAAGGCUGAAGCGCUGUUUGUCUCUCUGCUUCUGGAGCUGGAGUUCUCUACUAUUGCUUGGACUGUUCUCUCUGCAUGCGCAAGGACACGGCAACAUAUUGGACAGUAUGCUGCUAAAAGCAUCCAGUAAGGAGGCAGCAGAGAGUGGGAAGGAGACUUUUGGCAGCACAGCUCCUGCUUCCUCCUCCCAAAGACUACUGUGGUGUCACUGUUAUCACCACUGCCCAGAAGAUUCAACCAAUAACACAUGCAGGACGGAUGGCUACUGUUUUACAAUGGUGGAGGAUGAGGGAGGGGUGCCGGUCCAGACGGCAGGUUGCCUUGGGCUGGUCGGAUCUGAAUUUCAGUGCAGAGACGCGGGGAACUCACGUCAAAGGCGGUCACUAGAAUGCUGUACAGAUGAAGAUUACUGUAACAAAAAUCUGCAUCCUACGCUGCCACCACUCAAACCUCCUCUCUACGUAGAUGGGAAGAUCCACCAUGUGGCCUUGUUGAUUUCAGUCACUGUAUGCACCCUUAUAUUGGCUGUCAUUAUUAUUUUCUGCUACAUCAGGUAUAAACGACAGGAGUCUCGUCCUCGCUACAGCAUUGGUCUAGAACAGGAUGAGACAUACAUCCCCCCUGGAGAAUCUCUGAAAGACUUGAUAGAGCAAUCACAAAGCUCUGGCUCAGGCUCAGGGCUCCCUCUAUUGGUCCAGAGAACGAUAGCCAAGCAGAUUCAGAUGGUGAAGCAGAUAGGCAAGGGGAGAUACGGAGAGGUGUGGAUGGGCAGGUGGAGGGGAGAAAAGGUAGCUGUUAAAGUUUUCUUCACCACUGAGGAAGCGAGUUGGUUCAGAGAGACUGAAAUCUACCAGACUGUCUUAAUGAGACAUGAGAACAUACUGGGUUUUAUAGCUGCAGAUAUUAAAGGAACUGGCUCUUGGACCCAACUCUACUUAAUAACUGACUACCAUGAAAAUGGAUCAUUGUAUGACUACCUCAAAUCGACCACUCUAGACAACAAAGCUAUGCUGCGACUGGCCUACUCCUCUGUGUCAGGACUCUGUCACCUCCACACAGAGAUCUUUGGCACCCAGGGCAAACCUGCCAUUGCUCACAGGGAUCUGAAGAGUAAGAACAUACUUGUGAAAAGAAAUGGGACCUGCUGUAUAGCUGACCUAGGACUGGCUGUCAAGUUUAUCAGUGACACAAAUGAAGUAGAUAUUCCCCCCAAUACAAGAGUCGGUACAAAGCGCUACAUGCCUCCAGAGGUUCUGGAAGAGACUUUGAACAGAAGUCACUUUCAGUCUUACAUCAUGGCUGACAUGUACAGUUUUGGGCUCAUUCUCUGGGAGAUUGCACGUCGCUGCAUCUCAGGAGGAAUCCUUGAAGAGUACCAGUUACCGUACCAUGAGCUGGUUCCAACAGACCCUUCAUAUGAAGACAUGAGAGAGGUGGUCUGCAUCAAGAAGCUACGACCAUCCUUUCCUAAUCGGUGGACCAGCGAUGAGUGUUUGAGACAGAUGGGAAAGCUGAUGACAGAAUGCUGGGCCCACAAUCCAGCCUGCCGCCUCACAGCCCUACGGGUCAAAAAGACACUUGCCAAAAUGUCAGAAUCACAGGAUAUCAAGCUGUGAGAAAGCACUGCCUGGUGUGUGUUUACACCCAUACAAAAGGCAGGUACUAACACUGGCUCUAUUCCAGGCCGUACAAGCUGGGUUUUUUUUUUUGUUGUUGUUUUUUAUUUUUUUGGGGGGGAAAGGAGGGGGAACAUGAAGCAGAAGAUCACUUGGGGGAUCCCAUGAUGACAUACUUUGAGUUCAAAUGCUCAGAAAUCUGCAAAGUCCCCUCAAAAACAAUCAGAACUAACUGUGCAUGGUCCUCUUCUGUUCUUCAAAGAAGAUGAGACAAUUACAUUUCCGACUAGUGUGAAGACUCUAAAGCCAGAUAUAGGUUCCUGUUCACAUGCUCCAAAGGCCUUGGAGAAAGAGACUUGAGUUUGACUUGGCACUGUACAUGCUGAGAUACACAAACAGGCUACUGACCAGAGAGUGGAAGACUAUAUGAUUGCUUUCUGUGAAAGCUACCUUACCCGUAGAUGAAGGUCUGAUUAAAAGAACCGAAGGGAUGUGCGUCAAGGCAAUCUGUUAUUGCAGCAUUACACCUCCUUUCUAAACACUUCCUUGGAUUGAAUACACUUUUGUCACUUUUAAAUAGCUUUAAAUUGCUCUUUGUUAUGACAAGUGACACUGUGACAGAAAUAAACAUAUUUUGAAGGUGUACACGUUUCGAUUGUGGUGAUACCAUUUGUAGACACUGAAGAAAAGGUAAAUUUGU